AUGAAACCCAAUAAAUAAAUAUUUCAUGAAAAUAUCUUAACAUAACAAUAAUAAGGAUAAAUUAUCAAGAAUGUUUCAGGAUGGCGACCUUCAAAAAUUUUAUCAGCUUCCCCUCUAAUUAGAACUGAUUAUACUAUAACUUUUACUGAUGAUAAAUAAGUAAUUUAUAUGCAAUAAGGAAACAUCCUAAAAAUGUAUUCUAUUAUAAUCAAUAUAUAAAAUAAUUAGUUACAAAGAUGCAGAUUUUAAAAAUUCUAAUAUCAUCUAAAAUUUAGAAUAGCUAGAAAAAUUAGAAUGGAAGGGAGAACAUGAUUAACUUAAAUAAUAAUUUAUGAAGUACAAGGCUUAUUGGGAUGGGUAAUAAACCAAAUUAGGGGGAAUUUGCAAUAAAAAAGGAUUAAAGAUAGGAAUCUGGGUGGAACCUUGGGAUAAUUAUUGGAGGUUAGUUAUCAUUUGUUAUUAUUCACUAGUGACUGUAAAGUGAGUUUUGAAGGGUGUUAUGAUGAAAAUGGUCAUAGAGUAGAUAAUUGGAAAUAUAGGGAUGAAUAAAAUACAGAGAUGUAAAAAUAUUAUAUAUUUUUAGUGGUGGUGGUUAUUUCAAUAACGAGGGUUAAAAAAUUGGUGUUUGGAAAGACUUGCAUAUAAGCUAUAAUGGAAAGUAAUUUGAAUUUGGAUUUACAAUAGAUAGAAUUAAUCAAUAUAUAUUGGAUAAUAUAAUAAAGGAGUUAGACAUGGAGAAUGGAUAAUUAACUAUAAUUAAAAAUUCAUGUAAUUUCAAAUAUAUAAUUAGUGGUGGAGGAUUUUACAAUGAAAAGGGUCAUAAAAUUGGUAAAUGGAUUGAGUAAUUUGAUGGAUUUUGGGGGUAAAUUAUUUAUACUAAUGAUAUCAAUUAGUCAUAAUCAAUCCACAUUUAUAGGAAAGUAUAAUACAUUUGGAAUGAGAAUAGGAUAAUGGGAAAUAUAUUGGUAAUGGAAUGGAUUCAAUAAAAAGAUGUAUUAUAGGAAAUAAAUACUAGAGGUGGAGGGUAAUUCAAUGAUAAAGGGUAUAAAAUUGGUAAAUGGGUAGAGUAAUUUGAUGGAUUUUGGAAGUAAUUAUUUUUAUUACCAUUUUAGUUAUAAUCAAACAACAUUUAGUGGGGAGUAUAAUAAACAUGGGAUGAGAAUAGGAGAGUGGGAGAUAUAUUUUCUAGAUUCAUUCAGUAAUUAACCAAAUAACAGAAUGUAACCUAAAUUAUAUAAUAAAUUAUAGAGGCGGUGGAUAAUACAACGAAGAAGGAAUAAAAAUUGGACGAUGGGAAGAAUUAAGUGAUUAAUUUUGGAGGUAUAAUUUAGAUUUAUAGUAAAAUUAUUAGCUAUAAUUAAUCUAUUUAUAUUGGUGAAUAUAAUAAAUAAGGUGUUAAGAUUGGUGAAUGGGAAAUAUUUUAUAAGAAUUAUAAUAUGGGGAAUUCUUAAAAAAUGUAUAUAAAACUAAUAUGUCAAUUUUUAGUGGUGGAGGACAAUAUGAUGAUAAAGGAAACAAAACUGGAAUGUGGGUGGAAUAAAUAAAUGGAUUUAAUUAGUUUUAAUAUUCUCUAUAAAAUAGCUGGAAUUAAUCUACAAUUAGAGGGUUUUAUAAUAAAUAAGGAGUGAAGGAAGGAAUAUGGGAGAUAUUUUGGAAUUGGAAUGGAGAAAAUCAAAAGAUGUAUUUAUUAUAUGAAUAUAAUUAAAUAAUAGUGGUGGUGGAUAUUAUGAUGAGUAAGGACGUAAGAUUGGAAAAUGGAUAGAGUAGAAAGAUGGGUUUGAUUGGUAAUUUAUAUUAUUAAUUUAAUUAAUAAGUACUUAGAAAUUAAUUUUAACUGGAGAAUAUAUUUAAGGUAUUAAAUAAGGGGAAUGGAUAGAGAAUAAAUUAUAAUGA